UCUUAACCACACUUGAUGAAAAUUUCGAAAAUUCAAACUUUUAAACUCUGCUCAUACUGCGCAAGAUCAAAAUUUUACAUCGAUUUCUCGACCACCCUCGCCAUCAGUCAGCAUGUAGCACGAAAACUCGUCCUUUCGACAUUUCGCGAUGUUAAAAAAUGGUUGAUUUCAAACAUCUCCUAAACGCACCGAUCAUCGCCAAAAAGUCCGUUCUAGUCCAACGCAAAUGGCGUAAAAGAAAAAAUAAAGUGUGCAAGACCGAACUGUCAAAUGACAUCACACACGUUUGCGGCAAUGAAACCCCAAGAGCAAGAAAACGCUGUAUCAUCUUUAUUGUUAUCAUAAUUAUUAUCAUCGCUUGUAUCGCUUUCGCCUAUCAUUAUGGGUUCCUUAGUACAAAUAAGGAGGAGGAGGAGCUGAAACCCCCGAAUCCUGAGAAAGCCCUACCGGCAUCAGCAUCGAUCUUGAGGAGGUUUAAGAGGGCUGCGGUAUGUGCUGAUGGGGCAGCAUGUGCACAAAUUGGAAGAUCAAUCCUUGACCAAAAUGGCAGUGCCGUGGACGCCGCCAUCGCCACGUUAUUCUGCAACGGAAUAUACACAAUGCAAAGUAUGGGUCUUGGCGGCGGUUUCCUCAUGACCAUCUACAUCAAAGACCAAAACAAAGCUUUCACGCUAAAUGCAAGGGAGAAAGCCCCUCUGAAAUCCACACCGGAUAUGUAUAAAGAUGACCAGUUUAUUUCCCGAAAAGGGGCAUUAGCAAUUGCUGUGCCUGGUGAACUCAGAGGCUAUCAAGCGGCCCACCAAAGAUUUGGUAAACUCGAAUGGUCGAAACUGGUCGAACCGAGUAUCGAACUAUGCGAAAAGGGCUACAACAUGUCGAAACACCAAUACGAAUCAUUGCGAGACGCCAAAAUUGUCAACGAUACGAACUUGAAGGAGUGGUUUUUCGAUUCUGAAGGUAAUUUCAAAAAGAUGGGUUCGACGAUAGUUCCCAAGAAAUUGUGUGAAACUUUACGAAUGAUCGCGAAAAGCGACGGACACGAUCUUUACAAUGGUACUUUGAGUAAAAUGCUGUUGGAAGAUUUGGAGGAAAUUGGCAGUAUUAUAACCAAAGAAGAUCUAGAAAGUUACAAGGCCGAAUGGAUGGACCCCAUUGAAGUGGAGCUCCGCCACCACGAAAAACUUUAUUCGGUUCCACCCCCAGGGUCAGGUGCCCUUUUAGCAUUCAUUUUAAGCAUUCUCGAUGGAUUUAAAUUCAAACCGCAUGAUCUUGAAGGCGUCCAUAACACAGUUCGGACUUAUCAUAAAAUAAUCGAAGCUUUUAAAUAUGCUUAUGCUAAAAGAACUGAAUUAGGCGACGUGGACUUUGUACACAUUUCUGAAUUAUUACAUAAUUUAACUUCGCAUGAAUAUGCUGAAAGUAUAAGGAAGGAAAUUCUAGAAAAUUCGACCAGUAAUGAUCCGAAAGAUUACGGUGCCGUGUUUUACAGUAAGGAGGACCAUGGCACUGCACAUAUUUCCGUUUUGGCCGAAAAUGGGGAUGCUGUUUCGGUUACAAGUUCCGUAAAUUUGUAUUUCGGAGCUGGUCUGACUUCUAGUCAAACCGGAAUUAUUUUAAACAGUGUCAUGGACGAUUUUUCGUUCCCUUAUUUUCAAAAUUAUUUCAAUUUACCUGGAUCUCCGAACAACGAAUUGAGGCCGGGAAAGCGGCCGUUGUCAUCAAUGAGCCCCACUAUUUUAGUGGAUGAAAAUGGAGACGUAAAAUUGGUUCUGGGGGCUUCGGGGGGAACCAAAAUUACCACAUCUGUUGCGCUGGUAAUUAUGCGCACGCUCUGGUUCGGCCAGAAUAUCAAAGAGGCUAUUGACGCUCCUCGAAUCCACCACCAGCUCUACCCCAUGCAAAUCCAGUACGAAUACGGCACACUACAGCAAGUAGUCACCGGUUUAGAAGCCCUAGGCCACAAAACCAAACGUUACACCGACGCAGGUUCCAUAAUUUGCGCCCUGUACAACACCUCCGGCUUAAUCCAAGCCAACGCCGACUACCGAAAAGGCGGCGACGUCUACGGACUGUGAAUCUGUUUUGUUUGCACUAUUACUUCCCCUGUUUUUGCCAGUAAUAAAUUUUAAUUUAGUGA